AUGGCUUCAAUUUCCCACUACCUGUUAAUUCUGGUCUUUCUGGACUUACACACAAUUCUGUUAGCUUAUUUGCUAGGCUGCACCUGUUCAGAGGAGAGUUUUGGCAGGACUUUGCAGUGCAGGUCUGUUUCUCUGGGGAAGAUCUCAACACACUUUUCUGAAGAGUUCAAGCAAGUGAGAAUUGAAAACUCACCCAUAUAUGAACUGUCCAAAGGGUCUUUCAUGAAUAUGAGCACCUUGGAAUGCCUCUGGCUCAAUUUCAGCAAUGUUACUGUGAUUCACAAAGGAGCCCUGGAUCACCUCUCAGGACUGAGGGAACUGAGGCUGGAGGGCAACAGACUGCACUCUAUCCCGUGGACAACAUUCCAGGUCACCCCACUGCUCAGGGUCUUGGACCUCAAAAAUAACAGGAUUGAGGUUCUCCCUGAGCUGGCUCUUCAGUUCUUGGUCAGCCUGACCUAUCUUGACCUGUCUUCUAACAGACUUACCGUGGUAUCCAGGAGGGUCUUCUUGAACUGGGUAGUCCACCAGAAACUCCAGCCGGACUGUAGGGCUGAUAUUCUCUCCAGUAAGAUGCUGGCAUUACACAACAACCCCUGGCUCUGUGACUGUCGUCUAAGGGGACUUGUCCAGUUUGUCAGGUCCGUCAGCCUCCCAGUCAUCCUGGUGAAUCCCUACCUGGUGUGCCAAGGUCCUCUCUCCAAGGCAGGGCAGUGUUUUUAUGACAUGGAGCCUGGGGCUUGUGUGAAGCCUGAGAUCUCAACUCCCAGGGCCAAUGUCACCAUCCAAGUGGGGCAGAAUGUGACACUGAGUUGUUUGGCCAGGGCCAGCCCUUCAGCAACCAUUGUGUGGACUUACCCCCUGAGCAUGUGGAAGGAAUUUGACGUGCUGACCUCCAUUACUGCGGAAGAUGACACUCUCUCAGAGCUGAUCAUACCUGCUGCCCACUUGGUAUACAGGGGCAACUACACCUGUGUGGCCUCCAAUCCCAUUGGCAGGAGCUCCCUUGUCAUCUCCCUCCACAUCCACCCUACCCAGGCCCUGCCUGGAUCCCAUUCUCUUCCCUCCCCGUCAGAAGGUGAGGCCUACCUUGAACUGAAGAUCGUCAAACAGACGGUGCGUGGGGUCCUGCUAGAGUGGUUUGCAGAGGCUGACACCCCUGAGAAGUGGUUCACACUCUACAUCAUCUCAGAUGAAGCCCUCAAGCAGGAAGCAGUCCACAUUGGUCCUGGGAUCAACAUGUACUUAGUGGAUGGGCUACUCCCCAGCAUGAAGUACAGAGCGUGCCUCAGCCUGGGGGCCCGGCCUGCACUCCAGGGCAGGUGUGUGGUCUUCGUGACAGGCAGUGAUGCUGGAAGGGAGCUGGAGGAACGAGAACGUUUCCUGCAUGUCACGGUGGUCCUGUGUGCCAUUCUGCUCACAGUGCCCCUGGGCGUGUAUGUCUGGGCAGCCCAGGCCCCCCUCAGCUGUAAGGAGUGGGGCCUGGGCUUCUGUUCUGGUGGCAGAACUCCAAGAUGCCCCCAGGCUGCUCCACUGCACCAGGAGGACUUUUGCAAAGAUCACGUAGCUGCCUGUGAAGAUGGUCUGGGACACAGAGACACAGAGGUCGAGGAGGAGGCAGGCAAGGGAGUGAAUGGCUGA